UUUAGUAAAGUAUAUUGUAACAAUGGUGCCAAAUUUACAAUAUUGUUUGUCCAUCGAAGAACUGUUCAAAGUUGCUUAGUGUUAAUUGGAAUUAAGGAUACUGAGUAGAUCUUAGUGUUUGAAUAAUUAAUGGCAAGCGGGUAUGGAAUGGAUAAAUCAGAGACACUUACCAUUCAAGAAGACAAGGUCACAGAUCCUCGACAAUGUGAUUCACCAUACAAGCAAUGUAACAAAACUGCAGACUCAGCAAUAGUUGUAAACGAAUCUGCUGAAAACAAAUAUGUGAAAAGAGAUAGGAGUAAAAACUCCCCCUUGUCUUCCCCCUCAUUAUCCCCAAAACUUUCCCAGUACUUUUCCUUUAGUGAGGAUUUAUCUGAGGCUGAUAAAGAGACAGAUACUGCUGUGAUUGGUCAGGCUCUUUCAGGUGGUGAUGAAAUAAAUACUGAUAAAAUUGGAUCUGAAUAUUCCUGCAAUCAAAGCAAUAAGAUAAAUUCAAAACACACUUCAACCAAAUAUUGUUCUCAAGAGUUAACUGAUGAAGAAGUAGUUUGUGGAGAAAUAAAUAGAAAAAAGAAGCAAUGCAAAACUACAUCUGAUGGUAAGGUCAGAGAGUUAGCUACUACUUCUUCAGAUCAGGGAGAAGCUUUACCAAAGGACUUAACUGUUGAAAUAAAUUGUGGCAAUAAGACUAACACCAAUAACUCUGAGCUGUUUACAAACGUUUCUGAUUAUAUUAAUGAAACUAAAAGUACAGCAGUAAUAUUUCACCUUGCUCCUACAAUAACUGAAGAAGGCUCUGAAGUCAAUUAUGAAGGAAGCAAGAAAGAUUUUGUGUGUUCAAGUGGCUAUGUAUUAAAUUCAUUAAAGAGAACAGGAUCUGAUGAAAACUUUCUUGGUGAUAGUUUAGAUGUGAAUAUUGAUUCUACCUCUAUUAAUACAAUAUCUGAUGAAGAAGGAGAUUAUCUGUGUACGCAGUAUUCAGAGAGUGAUUUACUUAAUGGUACUGAAAAUAACACAGAUGAUAAAAAUUGCAUAGGUAGUUGUUGUAAAACUGGUAAAGAAAGUGCAGAUUCUGCUGAAAAAGUUGAAAAGGACAGUGGUGGUAAUACUGAUAAUAAGCUUGAACUUGAAACUGCUGAAAAAGAAUCUCCUAUUUGUGUAGAUAAGGUGACAGAUAAAAGUUCUGAACAGUGCAAUAAUGAAGUGAAGAUUCUGAAGUAUUUUCAGACACAGUCUAUGGUUAAAGACGAGACAGAGAGUGAUAUUUCUGCUUUUGAGUCAUUUUAUUCUUUGGAUAAUACUUGUUCAGGGAUUGGAACACCGGUGGUGAAGAGAAUCAAGAAAACUUUGACAUGGACACCUAGAAUAUUGUCUGAGGAACGAUUUUCAAGUAGUAGAAGUACAACUUUAUCUUCCAAAGCAAGUUUUUAUACAGCUGAAACUAGCGGGACAUUCUUUUCAGCACGUUCUUUUCAACUUGACAGCUGCGAUAACUUUGUAACUUGUGAAGACUUCCAGAAAUUAGAGUUUGAUGAAGAGCCUAAAUCAAAAUUAAGCAAGGCAAAAAAUGUUUUAGUAAGAGGAAGGGAUUUUGUGAAGUCGAAAAUAGAUUGUUAUCGGAAAAGACUUCCUAACUUAACAAACAACACCAACAUAAAGUCUCGCAUUCUGUGCCAUAACUCUUGUGGAUUUUCAUGUGUACAAAAGGGUAAAGAAAUUUCUUUAUACAGUUUACCAGACCUUCAGUCUAAAGGAUGCACUGAUAGUGGAUUAACUGAGAGUGAUAAGAAAGAAUUAGAAAGUUUUGAACAUAAUGACUCUACUGACAUAUGUAAGGUAGGAAUGAGUGCAGAUUCUGAAGGAGAUAAUAUGACUGUAAGAAAGGUCCUUGAAGAGAAAAGUGGUAAGGUCAAUGCAAGUAAGCAUUGCAAUGGUACAGAAGUAGACAGGAAUGGAAAUGUGGAUGAUAUAACAGCAAAACAUGAAGAUGCCAGUUUAAUAUUGGGAAAAGAAAAUCAGAAUGUUCAGUCAAAUGAAGAAGAAGAAAGGAACAGAAGAAUGGAAGUUUUUUCAAGGGGAACAACUGAUGACACAGAAGAUGACUUGCCUGUUGGUACUGAAGCAACAUCUAUUAACCAAAGGCGAACUUCUAGGGACACAAGUGAAUCAGAUGAUUCCAGAUCAAAGAAGAGAUUGCGCUGGGUGUCAGCCAUUGAAAAAUCACAGGGGACCAGUCUAAAUUCUAACCUGACAUCAAACAGCAGAGUACAGCAAAAAUUAUGGGAAUGUGUUGACCAACUGUUGUGCCAAAGAGAAAUGGACCCUGAGAUGUUGUUGACCAGUUUAGGAUUUGCAGGUGGGGCCCAGACAGACGACGCGUUAGGUCGGGUACCAGAUCGUUUCCUUCUCAGCCAGGCUGUAAAACCUGGUGUGGACCAAUUACAGCUCAUGGUUAAUCAUCCUGAACUUCAUCACCUGAUUCCUGUGAUGGGAACCAGUCAACUGAGACAGGGCACCAGUCAUAUGAUGCCAGAAACCAGUCUUGUUACUGCAGCAGAAGAUCAUGUGGAUGGUGGAGCAGGGAACCAUGAGAAAAGAAAAGGUACAAUGCAUAGGCCAACAUUUAGUGCAGUGGCUACAGGAGUGAAGUUUGCUAGGGGCGCUUCAAUGCCAGCUCCUCCUUCCCCAGACGAGGAGACGAAGAAAAUCAGUUUAAUACCUAGCAUUUUGGAUCUGCCGAACAGAAAGGCAUUAGCUAGACAAGGUUUCUAUGGUCAUGAAUUUGCUGACAAAGAAGUUAAAGAAACGAAAUCACAGUCAAGGUCAAUGGAACCAUCCAUGUCAGCUGCGGACAAACGUAAACGAUUCCAUCACAGUGUGAAGAGUCGGAAUAAUUGGUCGCUCACUGACGAAUCCGAAGAAGGUUCGGCUUCCGAUCGUCGUGACACUACCACAUCUAUAGACAGUUGGGACAAAGGGCUGGUACUGAAAAGUUUUAGUGACCGUUUUAGUUCAGACUCAUCAAUGGAAAGUAAUGAUUCAUAUUCAGAUGAUAGGCAUUAUUUGCAAAGGCAGCACUCUAUUAGUAACUUAAGAAAACAAUAUGAAAGGACGAUAAUGGAAAGUAUGGAUGGGGAAUACCCAGUGUUUAAUGAAGGUUCAGAUUCUUCACUGGAUCGUAGAUCUUCUGUAAGUGAUCAACGUAAACAGCAAGUAGAAAGACUGAUGCUGUCUGUUGAUGAUGACGGGGACUACACGGCUCAAAAUAGAACCGCAGCUUUACGUGAAAAAGAUCCACGAGCAUCGGUCCUUGUCCAAGCUCAGAAGUCUACGCAAUCAACACUAACUGGGUCACCACUGACACCAAAAGACAUGAAAUUUUCUUUUGAUCAAACUUUGAAUGAUGGUGAGAGUGAAUUUAAUUUUUCUUCCAACGAAAAGCCAGGAAAGUUGUCUCAGCAGAAUAAACAGUCUGUAAGUAUAAUUGUGGAAGAGGACUUGAGUCCUCAGGAGAGUAUUCAAACAAGGGCCAUAAAUCAAAGAACCAAUUCAAAUGAGUUGACUUCCUUGGCUCUCGGUGUUAGAUCGGACUCUUGCAAUACAUUGGUGCCACAGGACAGUAGUAAUAUAGACUCUGAUGGAGAUUUGACCCCGCGGGCGGGGGAAGGUAUCCAUGGAGAUGCAUUAUCAGAAUCUGCAAGCUCUUCAGCAACUCUGAGCACUGUACUAUAUGAUCAGGCUCAGUUAGAUGCUGUGUUUACAGAGACAGAUGAAGUGUCAAGGUCAUUAGGUUCUGAAAAUAGCCUCAAACCAGCCCAAGUUCUGCCACAGGAAUCAUUUGAGCUAGAGGAGAUUUCUAGUGCUGAUAAUGCUUAUGAAGAUUGGAAUGCAAACAUCACUAAGCAACCUGUGACAAGAAGGGGUACCAUAGAAAAGUCGGCCAGCACUCAUUCUGACAGUUCUGGAUUUGCUGAUCUUGAUACCAUAGGGGAGACAAUCCAUUCUAGCUUAGAUAUAUCUAGGGAAUAUUUAUUGCCUCACUCUCUUGCUGCCGAUGUUAAUUACAAAUCAAACAACAAAAGCAGAAGUUUUCUUGGGUCACAUGACAACAGAAUUUCCCAGAAUUCAUCAAAUUCACUUCCUGUUGCUCAGCAGCAAGAGAAUGCUGAAUACCGAUUGGUCGAAAUUACAGAAACUGUUGAGAAGAUGAAUUCAACUUCAAAUAUGAUGAGAGAGCCAAAACAGGUAUAUGUGUGUAAAAAGAAUGCAUUUGAUGAUGAAGACAAAGAAAACAAGCCAGAGUUGUCUUCCAUAAAUUACACUCCAACUGCUGAAAUUCAGGACAAAUCAUUAGUUUAUACUCUUUCUGUUCCUAUAGAAACUGUUGCUAUAAAAAAGAAUAAAGUAGAAGAUGACCAAGCAUCUAGAUACGUUUCAACAAUUUCUGUAAAUGUUGAAAGGAAAUCCAGUGAUAACAAUAACCAGAAACAUGUACCAAGUUCAAAGGUCACUCAAGUGGGUCAUGUGUCCUUUCACAAGGUCAAAAGCAAAAGUGAACUUGACAUUGAUAAAUCAGAUCUGAAAUUUGAUGCCAAAGAUACUGAUGAUAUUUCACUGAGUAGUGCUCCAAAACUUGUUGGUGUUUCUGUAAAACAAUCCAUCACUCAUGGUACUGAAGUUGUUACUAAUAAUAGUGAACAUGACUUAUGUAGAUCUGCUUCUCCAUGUAGAGCCAAAGAGAUUGUGAUAGAAAAGAAACGAGCAAAAGAACGAUUAGUAGCUGCUAAUAGUCACACUGCAAACUGGUUACUUAGUAGUGAACAGCAUUUAAAAGCAGACGACCAAUCAAAAAACUCAAAGAUCUCGCCUUUCAAAAUUGGCCGUCCAGUCUGGGCAUCUACGCCAAAUUUGAAAGUCAAAAGAAACUUCACUCAUCUAGACGAAGAUGAAAAUAGCAGACGUAUUAAAAUGGAGGGAAAUCAUUCUUUUGACCUUCUGCUUGAUGAAGAGAUGUGUACAAGAGAUGGUCAGAAAUUAAAUGGGAACCAUAUUCCUUCAUCCAAUUCUGCGGAAGAACUGGAAGAGUUUGGGAGUAGACAAACAUUUGUUGGAAUCACCGGCAAACCGCAUUUAUAUGAUUUGAAAGGUGAUUCAGCAUGUUCGUCCAUGGAUGAGAGUGUUGAAAUAGCAAGACCUUCAAUGCUGGGUAGCGGGUGUACUAUGCCAGAGGAUCAUCUCAACUAUGUUAGGCUAGCCAGGCUUGUUAAUGGACCAAGCCUUAUUACGGAUCCAUCAAAGAUGCCUAAUGCUAAAUUUACACCAAACUUUCAAAUGAAGAACUGGAUGCAACUGCCAAAAAGAAAGCAUUUAGAAGAAGAGACAUUACUCAUGCAACAUGCUGUCCAGAGAUACAAGACGGAGCUGUGUCUGAUGGAGAAUAUGCUGUUUGCACUCUGUCGUACCGCCCAGUCGGAGCUUGAACCUGAAGAUAGAUGUGAUGUUGAAGAGUUACAACACCUGUGGUGUGAGGUCAGAAAGGAGGUCAUCAAAAUGGAGGAGCUACUGUCACAACGUAUAAAAGCCAUCAUGGCCGGCAAUGAAACUUACAGUCCCUUAGAUGCACUAGAAAUUAUACAAUCUAUGAUAGAUUUGUUACGAGAACAAUUGUACCACCAACAAAUGUGUAUCGGAAGGGAUGUUAGUUUCACGGAAGAUGAAAUCGAGGCUGAUACAACCAGGAGCCAAUCAGCUUGCUCCAAUAUGUCGUCAGUAAGUGAGUCAUGGAUGUCGGAUAUAUCCAAUCAGAUGUCAGAUAUCAAAUCUUCACUGGCUUCAGCUGAACAGAAACAAGCUGAAGAACUCAAUCAAAGAAUAGCAGAGUUGAAGAAAAGCCUGCUUUCCGAGGUCAAAGGUGAAAUGUCAACGACACAGAAUGCCAAAAUGCUACAGCUGCAACUUCAGGCACGUGACAAUGAAAUUCGGCGUUUGAAAAUGGAACUGUUGUUACAGAAUGUUAAUUCUGGCGGUACUCGAAAGAAGCAAAUGUUUGAGAGUGAUGUGUGAACAACCUUGGAAUUAGACUCUAUAGAUAGAGAAAAGAAACAAAUCUGGGGUUGAAACACGUGCCUGAAACCUGCUUGGGUGCUUUCCGGAUUGUUAAAAUGCCUUGUCAUGUAAACGGUGCUUUGUCGAUAUAUCAGAACAUGAGAUAAUGAAUAAUGAUGAUGUGUUAACACGAAUAUGUGCUAUAUAUUAAAAUGUACCAAAAGUUGGCAAAAUGCCAUUAAAAGACUUAAACAUUCUACACCAAAGCAUUUUAAUGACUUUUCGUAACUUACAAAAUUUAUUCUUGUAAGAUAGCAAUGUUAAUGUAAUGUAGAAACUAAUAGUGGUUACUUUUACUCACACACAAUCAUACAAAGUUUUGUUUUGGAAAUUUUUUGUGUUUCAACUAAGCUGAAUAAUUAUCAAGAGUUAUCACUCUUGGCAACUAAAUCAAUGUAUUUAUACAAGAGAUGAAGUAAAUCAAACUAAGUUACAUAUUCCAAAGAAACUGCAUUCCACAAAUGAUCAUCUGAAUUCAUAUAUAUUUUUAGAAACUUCUUCAAAAUGUAUUUUUUUACCCAUAUAUUUUAAAUGUAGUCAGAGUUUGUGUUUUGUGCCUGUUUUGUUACGUUAAUGAAUUUCCCUCUCAUGAUAUGUCUGUUAUUAUUUCUUUCUUUUGUCCCAUUAUCUAUCCUUUGGCACUAUCUAAGUACUUUAACUUAAUUUAAAGUCUUUGCUGAAGUUUCCUUUCUUUUUUUUGAUCAUGCUUUCUUUGUGUUAGUUUUCUUACUCUUGCCCAUCUUUCUUGUCUUAUUUUUUUUCUCAAAUCUUUCUUUCACUAAAUGUCCCCCUUGCUUACACCUUUCUUUUUUCUGUUUCUUCUUUUAGCAGACUGUUUUUUUUUUGUAGAGAUCUUUGGUGUCAUUUAUGUUUUACACACUUAUUUUUAUUCUAUAUUUUCCAUGGAUAUUGAGGUAUGAAAAUCAUAAUUUCUUCUUGAAAUUGGAACUCUUUGUCUGAUUUUUCUUCUAGUCAGUUGAUUAUCAUUUUCACAUGUAUAACAUUCCAUUUUGUCUUAAGUUUUGAAAUUAUGCUCAUGUUUUAAAGUUCCUCUUACACUUCUCCUUGGUGCUUUGAAUUACUUUGUAAAGGGAGGAGGAAACUUUAUUCAUAUGUAAUUUUUUUUUCAAGAUGUCUACUUAUUUUUUUAAAUUGUUUUCAAAAUUGCCUCAUUUAGAUACAUUUGUUGUACUUUAAGGUUUUGAAUAGAAAAACAACAAUAAAAACAUGUUUUAAAAAAAAUGUUUCUCUAACAACACAGGAGGUUUGAGCAUGUAUCUUCAUUUUGAAUGCAAGCCACUUGGACAAUUGCAUAUAAGCUGUUGCUUAUUUUUUUGCUAUGAUUUUACAUGUUGAAAACAAUUUGUGUUCUGUCUUCCAGGAUUGACUCUUGUUAUUGUUUGUUGAUUUUUACAUUAUUGUUAUUGCCUAUUAUGUAGAUAUACAAUGUUUUAUAAGGAUAUAUUAAAUAUUCUGAAGAAAU